CACUUCUGGGAAAUGAAAAACGACACAAGACGUCAAUCUGUGUGGGAGUGUGGCUACUUACUUGAAAGAGCAGGAAGUUCAUGCAGCUUGGUGUACGUUUUAGGGUCUGACAGGAACGACUACAACAAAGUUAUGCAAAAAAUGCAAGCGAAGAGUACGUGCAGGACAUGGAUUUUUACUGUGGCCAUCUCUAUGUUUGAAGCAUGGUCUCAAGAUGCAGUUAACAAAGAGACAUCAUUCAAUCUUGGGACCAACGUUAACCUGACCUGUGCCAAUAAGAUGUGGGUUGACAUAUUAUAUAUAAUCUGGGAGAUAAACUUGAAAAACAGAAACUGUAAGAUCUCUUUCAUAAAUGACGGCGAAGGAACUGAUUCCUGCAAUGACGGAAAAUCUCUCCAGAAGGCCUCCACCGGUCAGUUGUAUCUGCACAUCCCAAACAUUUCAGCUGAUGAUGUCGGGGUCUACAAGUGUGAGUUGGUUUACUUUGGAGGAAAUGAAAACCAUAACUUCAAAGUGGCUGUAACGGCUCCUCCUAGUUUAUAUGCCUGGUUAGAGCAGAGGAACAACAAGAUGAUUGCUCUGUGCAGAGCUGAAAGAGGAACACCAGCUGCCAACUUAAGCUGGAGUUAUACUGGCAGCUCAGAGCCUGCAGUUAAAACUCAGCUUGACACAGAUGGAUUUGUUACAGUAGAGAGUCAUCUGGAGCUCCUUGAAGACAUUAAUCUAGAAGACCUGACCUGUAUUAUCCAGCACCGCUACUGGGAUCAGGAAAAGAUUCUGGUACCAAAACCCAGAGAAGCAAAUUAUUCUCCUCUAUUGUGGAUACGUGUUGCUUUGGUGAUCAUCUUAAUUUUAUCAGGAUUUCUAGCACUAAAGAAAUGCCACCCUCCUCUACAAAACACCUCACAACCCAAAAUACCAGCGCUGGACCCGGACAACAUCAGAAACGGGAAAGCCUGCAGUCAAUCAUUAAUGAACAUCUUGGAACCAGAUGGAACCCUACAGGUCAUCACCUCUCCCUCCCCUGGGGGGCACAGAUCACAACCUGGUUUAUCUCCAUUCUGUGUACAAACCCCUUGUACACAGAUAACCAACUGUGACACACAUGGUGAAGAGAUGGUCAGAGGAGACUGAAAAAGCCCUGAGGGACUGUUUCAACUCCACAGUGUGGGAAAAACUCUGUACUCCACCUGGGGAGGACUGCCAUUUGCAGCAUCACAGACUAUCCUACGGAUUACAUAAACAUCUGUGUUGAUAACACUGUCCCCCUAAUGAAGGUAUGGUGGUUGUCCUAUAACAAGCCCUGGAUAAAGCCAGAAAAAAAUCUCUCCUCAGGAAGAAAAAGAGAGCCUUUAGGUCAGGAAAUAAGGAGUAGCUGAGAGUUGUGCAGAAGGAACUGAUAAGGAAGAUCAGGGAAAGAAAAAAACAUCUGCACAAAAAGAUGGAGGACCAGCUGCAGCAGAACAACAUUAUUGGGGUUUGGAAGAGCCUGAGACAAUUCAAACUCCAAGGGUGUAGGAGAUUUGGGGUGGGUGAAUGAGUUGAACCAGUUUCUGACAGGUUUGAUCAGGCACUCACCCCUCCCUCAGCCCAGUCUCCUCUGCUGCAACCUCGCUUGUUUUUGACAGCUGCCUGUAUUUCUUUCCAGAACUUUAAGUAUCUCAGAUUUCAGCCAUCAACCACCCCCUCAGCUUUAGGGGACACCUUCCCCACCACCGUGCUCUCCAUUUCAACACUUCAGUUGAGGAAGGAGCUGCGGAAGAUCAAGAUACGAAAGGCUGCAGGUCUCAAUGGGAUUAGCUCCAGGCUCUUGCGGUGCUGCACAUGUCAAUUGUGUGGUGUCUUGGGAUACAUGUUUAACAUUAGCCUGAAGGUGGAGAAAGUACCACAACCAUGGAAGACCUACUGUGAGGUGCCAGUGCUGAAAACCACACAUCUGAAGGACCUCAGGAGCUGCAGGCUGGUAUUAAUGAUCUCAUAUCUGAUGAAGACCCUCGAGAGGUUGGUCCUCAACCAUCUUCGCCCCUUGGUGAGGUCUCUGUUGGAUCUGCUGCAGUUCGCCUACCAGCCUGGCAUUGGUGUAGAUAAUGCCAUCAUCUUUCUGCACCAAGCUCGGACCCACCUGGAAGCCUUGUGAGGAUCUUGUUCUUUGAUUUCUCUAAUGUUUUUAAUACCAUCCAGCCAUGACCUCUAAGGGACAGCUGAAAAUCUCAAGAGUGGAUCAUCACCUGACCCAUUGGAUACUGGACUAACUGUGCUGGCACUGAUCCUAUUUACCUCCUCCGCUUCAUACUCAGAGUACAGUAGACACAGGGCUUUGUGGGUUGGUGCCAGCGGAACCACCUCCUUAUCAAUGUGGGAAAAAUUGAUGGGAAGAUGGAUGGGGCCAAAUACAGGACCAUUCUGGAAGAAAACCUGUUGGAGUCUGCAAGAGACCUGAGACUGGGACGGAGAUUUAUCUUCUAACAAGACAAUGAUC